AUGCCGUGCUUCGGCCCGAAGAGGGGGCGAGGGUGCCGGGAAGAGCGGAGGGGUGGCUCCAACUUUGACUUCCCGGCCUCUCGAAAGGAAGAGACCCGGCGCGCUCCCGCGCGCGCCCGCCCGCCCAGCCACCGCCACCACGCGCCCGAGCUGCCCCUGAGGCUCCGGCUUAGCCGUCCACACCCACGCGUACAGAGGGGCCGGGGCCUCCCUCAAGCUGCGGCCUCGGCCUCCUCCCCGCGCGGCAGCUGGUGCCUCCCCGGCCCUACGGGGCUCACGCGCACGACACAGCCACAAGAUGUCCGCUCUGACGGAACUACUGCCAGCUGCCACGCUCCGCCCCUCCCCCCUCCUCCUGCCUCUUCACCGCCGCGUAUCAGUCCGCCAACGCCGCCGUCGCGAGCACGGCACGAAUCUAAGGGCGAAAGAGGACGGUUUGCUCCCCGCGUCCUGGGCCGAGCAACAGUCUCAAGGACAAGGACGUCUGAGAUGAACAUUUUCAGGAUCAACAAGCUCCAGGGUCCUUCUUCCACCAAACCAAAAUUUUAGGAAACCGAAAAAAGAACAGAUCUGCAGAAGGAACUGAAGAUUAUCGAAAGAAGGACUCUAACGGGUCUCGUCUGAAUGGCAAAUACCUCAAGGUCUCGGAGCAGGAUUGUACCAAAUGGCCAAGGGGCAGAGCUGUAAGCAGUUCCUAGUUUAGCGAAAGUAUUUUAACUUCUUUUAAAAAACAAAAAAACAGGCUUGUAGAGGGAAGAGAGCGAAAUUAGGCGCCGCGGCGGGUAGAGGAGAAGGGUGCUCUUAAGAGAAUCUGCACUUCUGGGGUCGCGGCUGGGAAGAGGCCGAGACGAGACGGGCCGAGGUAAAAAGAGACGCCAGGAGAAACUCACUUUUGAAAGGUACUUUCCGGUUACAAAGCACUCUCUUGUGCUUUACCUCCUCCGACACAGUAUCCUUUCUGCGGGCCUCCAACGUCUACAGAUGUAAAAGGCCCACCGCAAACUCCCUCUUCAGCAUCG